AUGCCAAAAUUAAAGAGCUCUGGAAUUAACUUUAGAACGCUCAGCCCAAUUGGAAGUUAUAUUGAAAUAAUUAAUUAUAUCCAAAAAUAUUACCGCAAAGUAACCGCAAUAUAUGAAGAUGCAAAUCAUUGCAAACGUACCGGAUUUGCUCUUGUAGAGCGAGUUGCUGAUGUUGAAAGAUAUGUCAAUGAAUUGGAAUCAAAUAAAAAUGAUUCCGAUUAUUGUGAAUUUUUGGCUAAACCGGGAACACAUCAAGGAUUAUUUGAAUUAAAUGAAUAUAUAAUUAAUAUUGUAAAUUUUGUUGAAAAGGUUUCGCAAAUCGAAGGAUUGGCUAGUUUUGAAUCACUAAAUGAAAUUGAACAACAAUUCCGUGAAUUUGAAAAAAAUUUUGAUGAGUUUGCAGAUAAAAAUGGCUAUAUUGCUUCGGAAAUCAUAGAAUUUUUAAAAGCAGCAAAAGAAAUCAAAGAAGAGCAAUCUAUAAACUUCUAUAAUAUCAGAAAUCCUCUUAAACCGGUCUUCCAAAGUUUGCCUAAAAAUGCUGAGGCUUUCAACAUUCAGGAUUACAAAGUUACAGAAGAAAAUCCGCCGCGUGGAUGCAAUAUUAAAAAAUGGACAAAUGGUAAAAAACAUAUAGCAGUUAAAGAAAUAGACAUGAACAAAUUCCAUGACUAUACAGCAGAACAAAUUGGAAAACAAAUAGACAUUCUCAGAAAACUUAGAAGAAUCCCUCAUAUAAUUGAGUUCUAUGGCACAUUUACUGAUAAAACAAAAAUUUAUAUUGUCACAGAAUGGUUAGAAUACGGAAACUUGAAAGAAUAUUAUGAAAAGUUUAGACCACUAAAUUUGGAGAAAAAAUCAAUUAAUAUACUAAUUUCGAAGGAUCAUAAAUCCAAAAUUGCUAACUUUGGUAUUAGUCGUGGGUUCAACGAAGGUACUAGAAAUAUUGAUGAAACGAUAGAAACAAUACGAUAUAUGGCUCCUGAAAAAUUAAAAAAAGAUUACGAGUAUGAUUUUAAUUGUGAAAUCUAUAGGUAA